ACACUUCCUGUCUUCUGCCCGCAGGCAGGUAUGAGGGAGUAAGCGACGCAUCAAUGGAGCUCAGAGACAUGCGGGCCCUGGCAGAAGACUGAGGGGGGCUCUGACCUGCCAGUGUUGGCACGACUCGCCCCUUCUGCUGUGUCAUCGGACCAGGAGAGCCUUGGGCGUGACAAUGGUGACCCUGAUUACCAAGCAACUGCAGAAGCAGAGUCUGGAGGACCGGUGCAGCCCUUUGCACCUCCACCUGCCGGCGCCUGACCACCCAUGUGCUGGAGUCUGCUUGGCGGCCUGUGGACUGACGCCAGAGAGUGCCAGCUGGAAGGCUGGCAAUGCCCCACCCAGUGGAAAACUUCACGAGGGUCCACGUCUGUCAUCGACGGCCCUCUCCGAGUGCAGCCCUGGCCAUGCCCUCCAGGAGGUCCACAUGCCCAGUGUCCCAGCCGCGGAUCUGUCUACCAGCCACGAGACCGCCAGCACUCCUCCUGCGCCCCCACCCAAGCGCCACUGCCGUUCUCUGUCUGUGCCUGAGGACUUGUCCCGCUGUAGGUCUACCUGGCGCCCAAGUGGCUCCAAAAUCUGGACUCCGGUCAAGCGGCGAUGCAACAGUGGAGGGGGCAGCGGGGGGAUGUGCCCAUUUGCAACUCAGCGGCCCGCCAGUCUGCGCCUCCAGAAAGUCACCAGCACCUCGCUGCACUCCAUCAAGACCUGCAGCCCCACCUUCUUCAGCCUGGCGCUGUCGCCCGACUCCCCCGUGCCAUGGACGUUCUCCCCGCAGCGGGUUUGGGGACUGCUGCUCCUCUGCCCUCCAGUGCCCGAGCGACUCGGAUGCCAGUGGCUUCGCCUUUCCGCCUCCUUCUCGGCCUGCGCCCAGAGGCGCUUCUCACUGUCACCGGUGCACAUGCACGAGGGACCCGUCUUCUUUGCCCCCUCUGCCAGCAGCACGCCCUCCUCCACGCCAGAGCCAUGCCGCCGAGCGGCUGGCCUCCUGCCACGCAGCCACUCUCAACCUUGUGACCUGGACCACCGUAAGGUCGGCGUGAAGCGGCGCCAUGACCACGGGGCACGAUGGAGCCGGCCUGUGCUGGACUUCUUCAAGAUGACUCAGACCCGGAAGUGUCCAGAAGGCGAAGUCCAGAGCGCCCCCAGGAAGUUGCUUCUGCCAUUCGAGGAGCCGCCCGCCGGCCUGAGCUUUGGCACCCUGGGCGAGAGCGAGGCCGAGGCCGACUGGCCCAUUUUUCAAAGGGACUGCACUGACCUGGACCUGAAUCUGAUCGAGGAAAACUAGCAGCUCUGCUGGCCGUCGGCAGUGACCACCGCUACUCAGGUCUCCCCACUCUGGGUGGGCCCCUUCGGCUCUCCCGAGCUGCACCCUGUGCCCCCCUCUGCUCGAGCCGGAUGUCCCUGAGGGGCUCUGCAGGCACUGGUGGGCAGCCACGUCUUGGUUCUGUCUGGAGGGGCCUCUCCACCCAUUCUGCUUCAAGGGUGGGGUGGGGGGGCUCACGGGUGAAUUCCUGUAAUCGGGGUCUCCUUGGAGAUGCCAGGCCUGAACUCCGCCUCGCGCCGUUUUCUCAUUUGUGCACUUUUGGGGGUGGGGGGGGAAGGGGGUGGCUGGAUGGCCAAAAACACAAAGAAGGGGCCACGGCGCCAGGGCACAGUGCAGCGUACUGUACAGCACGGGUACGUCGUCUUUUUAUUGUCUGUUUCGUGGUGGGCUCUGGCGCACGCGCGCUGGCGGCUCGGGUUCAAAUUAAACUUUCUAGAGGUGAAUUUUCCAAAACUCCUCUGGUGGCCGAA